CAAGACCCUUAAGUGGAAGGAAGCGCUAAUGUUUAGAUUCAACUUAAUUUUUCUCGUGAGCCUUCCAUCUUGUUUCCUGUCUUUCUUUUCCCCUCAACCCAUUGUGCUUCGACUUGGCUUCCUAUUCUGCUUCUUGCUAUUUGAUUUUACUUAUAUACAUUAUUAUUGUAUAAAUACACCCAAUCAACCACAGUUUUCGUGUUCCUUCGCCCGAUCGACCAGACCGUUUAAACUUAAUCGACUCGUUCCAGCCCGAUCCCAACCGACUCAUCUUAGCCUCGAAGCAAGUCAUCGAUCCGUUUUCUUCUCCACACAGUUCGAACUCUCCUACCCGUCUACCCGCUUCCCGAUGAACAAAGACCUUUUAAGCGUACUUUGAAACUAUAAAUAACAAUGGCCGAUGAUGCUGCGGACCUGGCUUCCCGGCCUAAAGCCGCUAUAUGGUUCUCCUCAGACGUUGGAGAAGCCGCCCAAGGACCUUGGGGUUGGCGUCUCGAUGUUGUCACUCUACUCGCAGUUAUCGGCGAGUCAUCGGUAGCAGAACAUACCCAAACCAUUACCGCUAGCAUUUUUUGUCUCCUCCCGCGUAUUAUCCCCGCCCCUCAAGCUUUCUUAAAACCGUCUCGCCCGAUCCGACUCCCCGAAACCACUGCAAAAAUGACCGGCGUCCACAGUGGUGUUACCCUAGAUACCGUAGGCUUCUUUGCGAGUAUCAUCCACCCUCUCGAAGAGUUACAGCCAUACUCAGUUAAGGUCCUUAGGAUCACACAUGCCGACGACAAUGACGGAGAGGUCGCUGGCUUCCCAUCCCGGCCCACGAACGGGUCUACUUUUUUCUGGCCACGCUCGUCUAGAAAGCCCACUUCCAAUGUAACAUUUGAACUUCCUACUAUAUCUCGAAAUUCCCGAUCGGGCGGAGCUAGGUCGAGACGAACGGCGGCGAGUACAGCGUACAGUACAGGCGUCGAUGAAGAAGCUGGGGGACCUCACCCGGGUAUCAAAAAGCGAGCAACGUUCAAAGAGAAGGUCCGGGACCUCACGUCCAGACCUGCUAUUCCAGCUACUUUUUAUUCCCCUGUCCACAUACUUUCAGUCUUCUCCACUCUAUUGACGUUCGGUAUCAUUGCCUUUGCGGCUUAUUGGCAGGAUGGUACCGCCAUAAUUGCCGUCGCCCUCGUCUCCCUGGCGAGCUCCGUUGUUGGCUGGGCUUCGUGGUGGAGACCGCUGCUCAUGAAGCGUGACCAAAAGAAUGUAGUUCCUGACGGCGACGUAAUAAUCCGUACACGUGAAGGCGCGUUUCUGCUUGUCAAGUGCACUGAAGACGUAGCGCGAGAACUCUAUUCAGGCACGGAAGAAUGCAACUAUCGCGUUAGCGGACGCUCUUACCGGGUUCUCAUGGCACUCGGCACCUGCCUCUUGAUGGUGUCUGUCAUCCUCUUGGGUAAUUGCAAAUGGUACACACAGAUAUUCAUCGGCGGCAGUUAUAUCGUACUUAAUGGUCUUUACUGGGCCAUGGGGUUACUGCCCAAAAAGUAUUUUUGGGACUUGAGCCGCUAUAACAUCGAAGAUAUCACGCCAGAGGAUGCCCAGCAUGCCCAUCAGAAUACUGGCAGUGACAAGAGAGAAGAUAAAGCGAGCUUCACGCGAACUCUAUGGUAUGCUAUUCGAGAAACGAAGCUUACGGCUUGGGUUCACAGAAGCGGUGCUGCACCUGACACACAAAAAUGGCGCAAAUGGCUCGCCGAAGCUAAGAAAGCCGCAGAAGACGGGGAUGAAAACUGGAAACCUGUCGCUCGUAAGGACGAGAUCAUGGAGAUGAGAGAAGAUGAGCCCAACAGAAGUCCAGUUACGUCCGAGCCACCAGGAACCUUUGACACAGCUGAGCAAGCGGCACCACUCUCCCAAGUUCAACCACCCAACCAGCGUCCCAGCAACGGCGCCUUGUAGGCAAGACUACCUACAUCCACAACCCUAAUAUAGAAACCGGAUACGUUAGAUAUUCUAGCGCGAAUAUGCGAGUUACUAUUAUCAGAGUCGCUGAGCUUUGUUUAUAUACGGAUACUUGGGAGAUUGACAUUUUAAUUCGGAUCGAAUUUUUAUGACCCAUAACGAUUUUCUUCUAUUUUAUAUUUACGUUACAUAUUCAUUCCGAUGUUUGUAUCAUCUGGGUUUGCAUGGCUUGGGAGGCAUAAAACCAUUGGUUAUAAUAUCACGACGAUAUGAAAUUUAUUGGAUGGGCAUACUUCUUGAGGUGGGAUAUCUAGCAUUGUACAUAGCGAGGAGUUCUGGUGUGAUACGAAAAAACUGCUUGUGUUUACAAAAACUCUUGUAUAUAUAAGAUGCGUGUUUCUUUAGUUGUACAUUAUACGUCUGCUGCGGACAACAAUCGCUGGAGUUGAAGCUUCAAUUCUCUCACUUUUGUGCCUAGGUACUUUACGAACAGCUAACGAACAAUCUUCAAAAUUCGAUAUCAAUUAUUCAGUCACUAAAUUAGAUAUAUCAAAUUUAUCUCUUGGAA